GAAGGUUUUUUAAAUACUCAGCAUUGAUCUCAGCCGGCGGCCAGCGUCUAUCAUCCGACCUCAAAAUAUUUUCAGCCGUCCAUCCUCAUUCUCUGUUCCCUUCUCUUUCCCUUUCCUCGGCGGCAACUAGGAAGCCGGACGAUGGUCUCCGCCCCCGCCACCAAACUCCCCACCCCUUCCAUCUCCGUGGAGCCAGAAGCUCUCCCCUCUCCCUCUCAAAACCGUAUAAACCCUAGCUCCACCUCCGAUCCCAAUCCCAAUUCCCCCUUCCCCGCCUUCGCCCUCGUCGGCGCCGCCGAGGACGCGGCGCUCCUUCCGGCGGAGCUCCUCUCACGGGAGGAGGUCCUCCGCCGCCGCUCCCUCCGUGUCAAGCGGCUCGAGAGUUGCUACCGCGACCAGUACUGGGCCCUGGCCGAGGAGCUCAGGGCCAAGCACCGGGAGUACUACUGGACCUUUGGGGUGAGCCCCCUCGAAGAAGGAAGCCGAGCGGGGCUCGAGGAGGAUUCCUCGACGGCGGCGGUUGAAGGGAGCAGGGACAAUGGGGUGGUGGGGACGGAAUUCGGGAGUCGGUGCGGGUUCGCGGGGUGCCAGUCGAAGGCGAUGCCGCUCUCCAGAUAUUGCCAUCCCCACAUACUCUCAGAUAACAGGCAGACGCUUUACAAAGCUUGCACUUUUGUCGUCAAGAGCCAAAGGUGAUGCAUUGAUGAACUGUUGUGCUAGCGAUCGCUUCUUCCUGCUUUUGCAACAUAAACCCUUGUUGAUUGGAUCUAACUUAAAUAUGACCUUGGUAUAUGUUUUCUUUUUCAUUUUUAAUUAUGGUGGGUGUGCAUGUGAUUGCUUUAUCUGACAGAGUAUUGCUAAUUAUAUUCUGGAACAGCUUUAUCUGUUAUUAAUUGUAUGGAUUCAUAUGAAUUUUAACAGUGUACCAACUGGGUCCAUUGUUUGCGGGAAACCAGUUCUGAAAGCUGCAGUUCCCUCUCUGUGCUCCAUGCACUUUCAGGGGGCUCAGGAGAAUGUCUCACAAGCUUUAAAGAAGGCAGGCCUUAACUUAUUCUUUUCGGGCAGGUCUACUCCGAAAUUUCAUGUUACAAUUGCAGAAUGUAUCCACCAAAUUCAAUCCAAAAGAAGAGAAGCAUCGCACCAGCGUUAACAACAUUGCAGUGAUGGAUGUGAAUGUUGGUUGAGCCGCUUAUGUUUCAAAUAUGGUUGUGGUUUUGCAAUGUGUCCAAGAGUUUUGACUCUUGGGUGGCAACUUGUCAGACCAAGCUGAAUGACAUCCGAAUGGAGCAUGGGCUCCGUCAUGCGGGGACAAAAAUCGCCAUUAUAUGAGGUACACCAAUACUAGGUUAAUGUUUUCUACUUUUCUUUCUUGUUUUUCUUUUUCCUCUGCAACUUGUCACUGUUUUCCCAGAUGCCUCUUGACUCGGUAAAUGGUUACUCUUUCUAGUUCAUCUUCCAUAUUGUUUCUGUCCAUGUUUUUAAGUGUGUUUGGAUUUUUGAUCACUUUGUGCCAAUGAUUUUGCCAAAGUUGUCAAUUUGUUGCUGCUUCUGGAGGUACCAUUCAUAUCUCAUUAUCUCUUGUAAAAAAUCCUGGCAAUAACUGUUUAAUUGGAGACUUCUCUGAUAUCCUGUAUGUGCAGUAAUGCAAAGUAAAUCUAACGUGGAUUUCUCUACAUCCAAGAAACUGUGCAUCACCUUCUGAGGGAUUUAAGUAAAACUGUAUUUGCUGUUCUUUACUGUUCGAAUGGACUUUGCAUUUAUUUAAUAAAAUUGCAGCAAAGGAAUAGGAAUCUUAUUCUUUCAGUAUUGUCAGCACCAUUUUGCUAGAGACCUUAUAAUUUUGGGUUUAAUACAAGGAUAUCUGCUGGUACUCCAAUGAACAAAAUUAAAACUCUAGAUUCGUGGAUUUAUUUUUGACUGUUUAGUGAUAAGAACUGAUGAGCAUGUGACAUAUUUUUUCAUUCUUUUGUACUUGUAAAAAACUCCUUUAGCAUGUCAAAGUUCUUUUUCCCAGCGGACUUUCUUUUUCUAUGAAGUCUACUGUUCUCUCGUCCUGAUUUUUCUAAGAUUUCUUUCUUGUAGGUUGCAGAAAAAUUGGAUAGGAGAACUUGGCUGGUCCAUCACAUGGUGAAACAUAAGCUACAGGACUGCAAUUGUCCAAUGUAGACAGUGAAGCUUUUCUAACACUAUAUUCUGCUUUUUGUGUCAAGUUUCUUUGAGAGAUAGAAGGAAGAUAUAUGUCAAAGGCUGGAAUUGAUUGUCUUUUUCUUGAGAAACACAGAGCUCAAUUGAAAGUUGUAUCCUUGUGGCACUGGCAUUGAAUAUUGGCUCACCUAGAAAAGAAAAUGAUUCUAUGUUGUAGCGAUUUCUAUGAGCCAAAUUUGAAGGCUCCCUGUAAAGAAGGCUUUGAAAAUUUUGCAGCCAAAAUGCAUACUGCACACAAACAGAUUACAUAGUAAAGUGCAAAUUAUCUUUA